ACAGAAUCUCAGGGGUCACUUCGGCUCACGUCUCCUCAGCAGGUGUAAAGUGCUGAGCGAGGAGUGUUUGGGGUACUUGGCCAGGAUGCCGAACAUCAAAAUCUUCAGUGGUAGCUCCCACCAGGACUUGUCCCAGAAAAUUGCCGACCGCCUGGGCCUGGAGCUCGGCAAGGUGGUGACUAAGAAAUUCAGCAACCAGGAGACCUGUGUGGAAAUUGGUGAAAGUGUACGCGGAGAGGAUGUCUACAUUGUACAGAGUGGUUGUGGUAAAAUCAAUGACAAUAUAAUGGAACUUUUGAUCAUGAUUAAUGCCUGCAAGAUUGCUUCAGCCAGUCGAGUUACUGCAGUCAUACCCUGCUUCCCUUAUGCCCGACAAGAUAAGAAGGACAAGAGCCGGGCUCCCAUCACAGCCAAGCUUGUUGCAAAUACGCUGUUGGUAGCAGGCAUAAAUCAUAUCAUUACCAUGGACCUACAUGCUCCUCAAAUUCAGGGCUUUUUUGAUAUCCCAGCGGACAAUUUGUACGCAGAACCAGCUGUUCUGAAGUGGAUACGAGAGAACAUCCCCGAGUGGCGGAAUUGCACCAUUGUCUCACCUGAUGCAGGUGGUGCCAAGAGAGUGACCUCCAUUGCAGACCGGUUAAAUGUGGACUUUGCUUUGAUUCACAAAGAACGAAAGAAGGCAAAUGAAGUGGACCGCAUGGUGCUGGUGGGGGAUGUGAAGGAUCGGGUGGCCAUUUUGGUGGAUGACAUGGCCGACACUUGUGGCACAAUCUGUCAUGCAGCUGACAAACUUCUCUCAGCUGGAGCCACAAAAGUUUAUGCUAUCUUGACUCAUGGAAUUUUUUCUGGUCCUGCCAUUUCUCGUAUCAACAACGCAUGCUUUGAAGCAGUAGUUGUCACCAACACCAUACCUCAGGAGGAUAAGAUGAAGCAUUGCUCCAAAAUACAGGUCAUCGACAUCUCCAUGAUCCUUGCAGAAGCCAUCAGGAGAACUCACAAUGGAGAAUCCGUUUCCUAUCUGUUCAACCAUGUCCCUGAAUGA